AUGUCCAAAGUUAAAAAUGCAAGCUCAUGUGGCACUUUGUGGCAAAUGCACUUACCUGAGGAAUUUAUGCAAAUAUUCAAUGGCCAGAUUGAUAUUAGGAAGAUACCUAUAUUUGCUAAACUUGCCAAGAAUGAAGACUUGCCACCCUUUUGCAUAGGAUCUCCAAGGAUUGCCAAAUCAUCUAGAGAUAAUGUAGCAAAUGCAACUACAGGAUACACACUGAAUAAGUUCUUUAAUGAACCAUCUGAGCUACGCCCGGCAUUUUAUUUUCCAGAUGAUCAUUGUGGUCCUGAUAUUAUUUUUUUUGUUGAAUUUGAGAAUAAUGUCAUAGAUAAGAAUGGAAAAUUUUUUCAAGAAUCAACCAGACCUAUUAUCAAUAAGAUAAUAAACCGGUGUAACAAAUUUGGUUCUAUUGGCAUAUUAGUUGCCUAUACAGCUGAUAUAUGCCAAGAAUCCUUUGUUACAAAUAAUCAUUUGCAUAAUUUAAGAAAUCGAUUAAGUCAGCAACAACUCAUUGGAAUCAUCGAUCACGAAAAUGCUUUUCAAGAAGAUCAUUUACGAUUUUUAGAUACACUGAAAAAUACUAUAAAAAGAAAAAAAUAG